AUGGCGUCAAGUCGGAUCUUGGAUCUAGUUAAGACCCAAUGCCGCAUAUUCUCUCUUAAUUUCAACCCGCAACAGCUUCGACUUGGAAACAAGAUCUUGAGACAGCGGUUGCGUGGACCAGCGCUUGCAGCCUGGUAUCCUAAGCAGACUGUGUCUUUCCAAGAUUUACAAAACACUUAUAAGCCUCUUGGAUUGACGACAUUUGACGAAGCCGAAGAUGACAGAGAAGAAGCUAUUCAGAUUGCCAAAUUGCGAGGGAAGGGCCGGCCGAAGAAGAAACGAACUGCUGCAGAAUCAAGAUCCGCAAAGAAGAAGAAGUAG